UACGAGUGGACCAGAACAUUACCUUAUUAUUUCAUCUUACCCCUCUUUUCUCCACUACCAACCUUUCAAUUCAAUAAAACUAUCCAGCUUUAACAUAGCAUAGAAUAGAAGCGAUGGAAGUAGCUGGACCACCCCACCAAGCACUGUACUUUGUGUUAGCCUAUCUUCCAUUACAGCAACUCUUGCAAAUGAGCCAAGUUUGCAAGUCAAUUAGAGAUUCUAUCAGAGAUGAUGUUUUAGUAUGGUUGGAUUUGGUGGUGGAAAAGCCGUUAAGUAGACGUCUUACUGAUCGAAUUUUGAUAAAUAUUACCUCAAAAGCUCAUGGUAGGCUUCGAACUUUGGCUUUGCUAAAUUGUUUUAAGAUUACGGAUGAUGGAUUAUUGAAGGUUGUUAUCGCAAAUCCACUUCUUACUAAGCUCUAUGUACCUGCUUGUACUGGAUUAACUCCUGAAGGAGUACUCAGAGCAGUAGAAACUUUAGCUGCGAAAUCAACCAACUCCAUUAGAAUAAAGAUCAAUGGGAUUUACAACAUCAAGAAAGAACACCUUCUGAUACUGCAGUCCUGUAUCACUAAAACUACAGAAAGCAAGCCUAGGUUCUAUCACAAGUACUGGAAUUCCUCUUUUCGUAGCAUAGACGAGGAUGCCAGAAUGAUGGAUGUAGAGGUAUGUCCUAAAUGCGGAGAGAUCAAGUUAGUCUUCCAUUGCCCUAAGGAGACUGAAUGCAUUGGCUGCAUCCAGUGCAUACCGAGGUGUGAUGUUUGUGGCAGGUGCGUUUCUGACGAAGAUGAGGAUAAUCAAGGAGAAACUAUAUGCAAUGACAUUGUUUGUUUAGACUGUUGGCUUCGCCUACCAAAAUGUAAUCACUGUAACAAGCCAUUUUGCUCUCGACAUGCUGGUGAGCAACUUGAUCCUCUUGGCUCACAAGGAUUUGUAUGUGAGGAUUGUCAGGCGAAGUCACUCACACAACAUGGGCAAGAAUAAUGCUUUGUAUAAUCCAAAGAUGUACAGAAAACAAAUGCAGGUUUUUCCUUUGUCCUACUUACUCUUUAGCAUUACUACUAUGUAGGACGGUAGUUAUUUGCAGAGAAAUUUAGACUUUACAUUAAUAUACAUAGAUGAUAGAUGCUGCUAAAACAUGUAGUAGAAGUACUGUUUUUGUCCGACAAAACACAUCAGUUUUUUAAGCUAUGAUAAUGUAUUUCCAUUCAAAAUCUUUCAGAUUUUGGUUUUAUCUCAAUAGCACUUGUGAUACAAUAUAAUUAUUACAAGUCUUGACUA